AUGUCCACUAUGUCAUUCCAGCCUCAGAGGCUGGAAGGCUCUCAGAGUACUAUUUUGAAUCUCAGGUAUUUGGGAGAUUCUUUACGGUGGAAGUGCUGUACAGAUGUCAAGUUAGUAGUAUUUAUAAUUGAGAAGUCAAAACCAACUCAAAAGUCACUUUGCAUGAGAAAUGAUACCAGGUGCCUGUCAAAUUCCUGCCAAAAGAACUCUACGUGCGCUGCUGGUCACAGGGACGACACUUGCCGUUGUGCAGAUGUACCACCUGACACUAUGGAGGAACUCUGCAAUAAAACCUCUGAUCCUUGCUCCUCAAACCCUUGUCUUCAAAAUGCUACCUGCUUAAGCUCUCCUGGAAACCUCAGCUUCACUUGUGAGUGCCCUGCUGGGUAUAAUGGGACUACUUGUGAAAGAGCCGUCAGCGUGUGUGACACAAACCCCUGUGAACAUGGAGGCACCUGCCAAAAUGGCGUGGCUGGGCCCACCUGCCUUUGUAGCGCAGGUUACACAGGUACUCUCUGUGAAAUGGAUUUUGAUGAAUGCAUUUCUGAACCAUGCCACAACGGAGCUGUGUGCAGGGAUGGGGUCGAUGAAUACUCCUGCUACUGCGUCCCAGGCUAUCAAGGCAAGCACUGUGACCUGGAAGUGAAUGAAUGUGUGUCAGAUCCAUGCCUGAAUGGCGCAACGUGUCUCAACCAGAUAGGAAAGUACGACUGCGUCUGCCCACUUGGGUAUACAGGUGCGAACUGCGAGCUGGAGAUCGACGAGUGCCUGUCGCAGCCCUGCCUGAACGGCGCGACCUGUCGCGAUGCCCCGGGCGGCUUCUCCUGCUCCUGCGCUCCCGGCUUCCAGGGCCACCGCUGCCAGCACGACGUGGACGAGUGCGCCAGCCUGCCCUGCCGGCACGGGGGGCGCUGCCACGACCGAGCCGCAGGGUACAGCUGCAACUGUACCGGUACUGGAUUUAUGGGCCUGCACUGCGAGACCCUAAUUCCCUUGUGCUGGUCACAACCCUGCUACAAUAAUGCCACUUGUGAGGACAGCGCUGACAGUUAUAUGUGCCACUGCUGGCCAGGCUAUACUGGUGCCCGAUGCGAGACCGACAUCAGCGAGUGCAGCAGCAACCCGUGCCCUGCCGAGGCACAGUGCGUGGAGCGCUCAUGGGCGCGCUGGUACGGCAGCAUCCCAGUGCUGCCCUCCCACUUCAGCUACGACAAGGCAGAGGGCUACGUCUGUAGCUGUAAACCGGGACUUACUGGUAUUCACUGUGAUGAAGACAUCAAUGAAUGUUACAUGAACCCUUGCCAAAAUGGUGGAAUUUGUGAGAAUUUUCCUGGGAAUUACACUUGCCAUUGUCCACCUGCAGACAAAGAAGGGAUUUAUUAUGGUGGCUGGAACUGCACAGAAAUUCUCCAUGGCUGUACUGAUCAGCAAUGCCAAAAUAAUGGAAUUUGUAUCCCACAUUUAAAAAAUGGCCAACACGGAUUCAGCUGCAUAUGCUCACCUGGAUAUACUGGAAUACACUGUGAAACCAUAACUACAUUUUCUUUUCAAGGAAACAGUUUCCUUUGGUUGAAGAAUCCCACGACCCCUAAAAAGCAAUUUUUCUAUAAUGUAAACCUGAGGUUUCAGACUGUGCAACCCACAACCUUUCUGUUUCAUCGAGGGGAGAAAGACACAUUCGUGAAGCUGGAGUUACUGAAUGGCUACUUACACUUGUCUGUGCAAGUCAAAAACCAGCCACGGGCUCUUUUGCAUAUUUCACAUAAUGUCAGUGAUGGAGAAUGGCAUUCAGUGGAGGUAACCUUGGCAAGAGCUGUUACUCUUAAUUUACUUGACAGCUCUUGUGCAGAAUCAUGUGUCAAUAAAACUUCUGCUAUGAUAGAUAAUGAUCACGUGAGGCUUGCAUUUCAGAGCACAUUUUUGGGCAGCUUACCAGUGGGGAACGUUAGCAGCAGCUCUCUACUUAACAUCAAUAAUAUACAUUCUACACCUUCAUUUGUAGGCUGUCUUCAGGAUAUUGAAAUAGACUUGAAUGUUAUUACUGCAGAGAAUGCAUCACCUGAAUCAUCUUUAAAUGUCAAGACAGGAUGUACUAAAAAGGACUGGUGUGAAAACCACCCCUGUCAGAAUAGGGGACGCUGCACCAACCUGUGGCUGAGUUACCACUGCGAUUGCUACCGGCCUUACAGAGGGCCCCGCUGCUCAGCAGAGUAUAUUCCAGGCCGGUUUGGAUCUGAGGACUCCUCAGGCUAUGCUGCUUUUUCUGAUGCCACUGAGAAUGAAAAUCUGAAUAUAUCAAUGUUUGUCCGAACACGCAAAUCUUCUGGCUUGUUACUGGCUUUGAGAAACAGUACCUCCGUCUACAUAAGAGUCUACUUAGAAGGUGGGAAACUCACAGUGAUAGCUCUAAAUUCCAUAAAAUUAUUAGGGAAACACUCUAUGAAUGAUGGAAACUUCUACUUAAUAAUGUUAAAAAUAGAACCAAAUAAGAUUGAACUGUUCCAGUCCUCUCAAUACCUAGGCUUUAUUUCUACUCCAGUACUAUCCACCCAGCGUAAGAAAAUUCUUUACAUCGGAGGCCUACCAGAUAACAGAGAAACUAAUAGAAAUGGCAGGUAUUUCAAAGGCUGCAUCCAAGAUGUAAGAGUGAAUAACCAGCCACUGGAAUUCUUCCCUGUCAUCAAUUCUCAGAAUUCUUUUAUCAACCGAACCCUGAUCAAUGUCACCCGAGGCUGCAUGGGUGACAACCUCUGCAAGUCCAACCCUUGCCAUAACGGUGGCGUAUGCUAUUCACUCUGGGAUGACUUCACUUGCACAUGUCCCCCUAAUACAGCAGGGAAAGCAUGCGAGGAAGUUAAGUGGUGUGAGCUUGGGCCCUGUCCUCAUGAAGCACAAUGCCAGCUGGUGCACCAAGGAUUUGAAUGUCUUGCUAACGCAGUGUUUAGCGGCCGAAGCAGUGCGAUAUUUUACAGAAGCAAUGGAAAAAUCAGCAGAGACCUCACCAAUAUCGUAUUUGGCUUUCGAACUAGGGACACAGAUGUGAUACUGCUGUAUGCAGAGAAGGAGCCAGAGUUUGUUACCAUCAGUAUUCACAACUCCAAACUACUCUUCCAGCUGCAAAGCGGCAACAGCUUUUAUAAGCUGACCCUCGCUAGUUCACUGCCUGUGAGCGAUGGGAAGUGGCAUCAGGUGAUGGUCUCUAUGGUGGAGCCCCUGUCCCAGUUCUCGAGGUGGCACAUUGAUAUAGAUAACAAGAAAGACACUGCAACUAGCACAACUGCCACAGGAAGCCUCAACUUUUUAAGAGAAGAGACAGACAUCUAUGUGGCUGACAAGGCUUUUGACAGUCUGGAUGGCCUGCGAGGAUGUAUGAGCACCAUAGAAAUCAGUGGCAUUUAUCUCUCAUACUUUGAAAAUGCUGCUGUCCACACUAAAAAACCUCAGGAGGAACAAUUUCUCAAAAUAUCUGCAAACCCUGCUCUUACUGGCUGUUUGCAGGUGGAUGCCUGCAGCUCAGAUCCCUGUAUGCAUGAGGGGACAUGUGAAGACUUCUACACCUCCUACCGCUGUGUGUGCGCCCAGGGAUGGACCGGCACCCACUGCGAGACCAACAUCGAUGAAUGCUUUUCCAGCCCCUGCGUUCAUGGAAACUGCACGGACAGGAUUGCCUCAUACGAGUGCAUUUGUGAACCCGGCUACACAGGGUUAAACUGUGAAGAGGACAUCGACAACUGCCGUGGCCACCAGUGUGCUAAUGGGGCCACUUGCAUAGACGGGGUUAAUGGAUAUUCGUGCCUGUGUGCUAGCAACUUCACCGGAAAACUUUGCAGGUACAGAAAAUUACCGCAUACAGUUUGUGGGAAUGAAGACAGAAAUCUUACCUGUUUCAAUUACGGCAACUGUACUGAUCUCAGCGGUGAGCUGGCGUGUGUGUGCCUGCCGGGAUUUGCUGGAGAACGGUGUGAAAAGGACAUUGAUGAGUGCAGCUCUGACCCGUGCCUAAACGGGGGCCUCUGCCAGAAUUUGCUCAACAAAUUCCACUGCCUCUGCGACGUGAACUACGCUGGGGACCGCUGUGAGAUCGAUUUGACAACUGACUUGAUCUCGAACAUAUUCACCUCCAUUGGCUCAGUAAUGCUGGCCUUGUUAUUGAUCCUCUUCUUGGCAGUUGUGGUUUCAGUCAUUGCUGCCAAUAAACGGGCGACACAAGGGACCUACAGCCCCAGCCGGCAGGAGAAGGAGGGCUCCCGCGUAGAGAUGUGGAACAUGGUGCAGCCACCGCCGAUGGAAAGACUGAUUUAG